GCCUAGAGACUGCAUUGUGAAAGUAAGAAAAUCCAGUACAUGUAACACUGGUCAGUGCUAACGACAGGCAUUGUGAAAGUAAAAAAAAUCCAAAAAUCGAAUUUUAAAGAAAACUGUACAUUAAACAAUAGUCAGUGCAAAGACAUUACCUCACCACCACCUCUUUUAAAACUAAUUGUAUUUAUAUGAUCACAGAUACGAAUUAUAAUUGAACAUCUCGUAAACCUCAUAUAUUUGUCAAGAUUCCCUUAUUUUUCACAAAUAAGUCAUUUUAUUUGUAAACAGAAAAAAAAUCUAAAAAUGCCGAAACUUAAGAACAAAUCAUAUGCUAAAAAAAUUAAGGAAAAAGCAGUAUCGAUGAGGAAAGUACGUAAUAAGUUGAUCAAUGAAGAAAAUUCUUUAGAUAAUUCCGAUAAUUCAGCAAGCUCCACCCGUAAUGACAUCGUAGACACCACCUUGAUGAAAAAAACAGUAACAGAAGUCGAUUUCAAAGGAUAUAACCACUUUUAUAAAAUUAUUCUUGGCGACUUUUCUCAAUUCUCAAGCGAAUUUAAGUUGCCCCAUCACCAAUGUACUGCAAUGGCAGCGUUAGCGUUAGCAACUGCUACUUUUAAACCCGUUAUUUCUUGGAAUUCUCGUGAUCUUAAUAGCAUACUUCGUGAAGGUCAAACCUAUUACGAAAAAUGUAUCUUAUAUCAAUUUGAUUUAAAUUCGAAAUAUAACGAUACAUUUUUAGAAGCAAUACAUUUACUUCCAAAUGUAGAACUUUCUUUAAGAAAAAUCGAUAUGUUUGUUAAUUUAACUGAGUGUCGCGGGGGACGACUGGUAAAAGAUUUUUUCGUUGAUGCUGUUCACAAUUUCGAAUCAUGUCAAUUUACAUAUGGAAUAAUUACAUGUAAAGAACAAUCGUAUGGAUUGAUAAGAUUACAAAAUGUAGAUGGCUCUUCACAUUAUGCAUUUUUUGAUUCUCAUGGUCGUACAUUGAAUGGUAACAGUAAUGGGUCAAAAUCAGCAAUUAUAUUCUUUGAAAAUGCAACACAUUUCAUCAAUUUUUUUUUAAAAGAAAAUCAGUCAAUUUUACAAUCAAAUAUUGUCAAAAAUAAUGAAGAUGCUGUAAAAGUAAUUUUAGUACCAUUGCAUUUUAUUGAUAUGACUGAAAACGAAAGCAAUAAUUCAUUAUAUCAACCAACACUAUCCAAUGCAUUGAAAGUUAUUUCAGGAAGUUUCGCUCAAAAUGAUAUUCGUUUUAAUAAGAAUUCACGGAACAAACAAUGUACCGCAAAUUCUGUUUUGUUUUUAGCUUUUAUCACAAUUUUGAAACAUAAAAUCAGCAGCGUUGACCUUGAUUCAAUUCUGAUGAUAGGAGAUCAAAUUUACGCAGUUUCCUAUAAUGAAGCUGUUAAAGUUAGAUCACAAAAACCAACAUUAACGAAAUCACAAAUAACAAAUCCACACUUAGCUGCUGAUGAAAUUGAAAAACAAAUUUUUGUGGACAUUGAUCGCUUCAAGCUAAAAAAAUUUAAACUUUCUUCCCAACCAUUAUCUGAUAAGGAAUAUUCUGGGAAUUUUAAUAAAUUUGCAAAAGUAUACAUAGAAAGAUUUUUCAAAGAUUAUGACAGCGGAAUAUUUAUCUGUUCCUCAUUAUCUAUAGCACUUCAUAGGAUGUGUGGUGAAUAUGUCGUAUUUGAUCCACAUGCACGAUCUGCAAAAGGACUUCCACAAAAUGAUGGAACAUCUAACAUUUUCUUCUUUCCGAAUAUAAAGUCACUGUAUGAAUAUUUACGUCGCUCUGGUGGUUACGAUAUUAAUCAUGAAUUUACUUUGACUCCUUUUAUUAUUGAACAUGGAUACAAGGUUCAAAAUUCACAUAUUUCUACAGAAUCAGAUUACGUCACGAAUACACGAAUUACACUAAAAAGAAAAUCAACAGAAAAUUCCAAUGAUCAACUUAUAAAGCGUAUCAAAUUAUCUAAUAAAACCAGGGAACAUAAUAAAUGUAGAAUACAAAAAUAUCGUUUAAAUAUGUCCGUAACGGAAAAAGAGGAAACUAAAAAAAAAAAUUCUGACCAAAAAAAACAAAAACGAGUAAAAAAUAAUAUGAAAAUUCCUUACGAAUGGCCAUCGCCAAUAGAUCAAACUAUUAAGAAAAAAUGUUUAGAAAAUUUUCUUGAUAAAAUGUCUAAAAAAGAAAUCUUACAGAAAACAUGUAGCAUUUGCAACAGAGUAGGAUUCAAUAAGGAUUUCAAGCAAGUUAAAUUCUCAGAUAUAAAAAACAGGGAAUUACUACAAUCGAACCAACAAUUACCACAUAUUCCAGGUCUUCAAGUCUUGUCCAAAGAAAUAAAGCAAACAAAUGAAAAAAAUGAGGAAGCGCCAGAAAAAUAUGCUACUUACGGCAUACAAGAAAACAUUUUCAAUAGUAUUCCAGGCGUAAUUAUAUGUAAAGAAUCUAGUGAUACAACAGUAAUAAACAAAAAGCUUUCUACCUAUAAAGAAUCAGUAUAUAUGAAGAAUUUAUUACAAGGUAAAAAUACCAAUGACAAUACUGAAAUCAAAAACAAAGACUUCACUUAUUUUUGCUAUAAAAAUACAAUACUAUACAAAACUGGAAUAGAUUUAAAAAAUUGUUCCAUGACCGACGAUAGCUUAUGUAAUAUUUGUUCAAAAUGUAUUACUUCUUUAAAUAGAAAAAUACCAACAACUCCAGAUUUUUCGCCAGCAAAUGAUUCGUUCAUAGGGGAUGUUCCAGAAGUAUUACAAAAUCUAACUAUUCCAGAAGAACAGUUAAUAUCAUUAUAUCGUCAUAACAAGUGUAUUAUUAAAAUUCAAGCUAGAACGUAUGAUGCAUCCACAAAACAAUCUAAAAUUAGUGGAAACGUAAUAGUUUUUGAACAAAAUAUAAGUAGUAUAGCUAAAACUCUUCCCUUUACUGAAGACAGUCUUUGUGAUAGUAUAAAAAUAAUUUUUGUUGGGUCAAAUCCUCCAUCCAAAAAAUGGUUGAUUGAAAAUAACCCAUUGUAUAAAGACAUUAAACUUUCCGAAAAAAAUUUAAACAGUCUUCCAAAUGAUGAUAUACCUGACUCUCUAUGGAUCACAAUGGAUUCGAGUACAAACGUACAUGCUUCUAAUUCAUGCCGUUCUGGAUAUGCUAACGAAAAUUUAGAUAACACUGAAUCUAUGAAUGACUCUAAAUUUAAUACAAUAAAUCAUGAAUCAGAUUCUAAUGAAACUGAUGAGAUUGGAGAAACAUUGAUUUCAUUAAGUAGUAGCGCUCUAAUUGAUGUUGAUGGUAUAGACACAUCGACUGGAGAUAUUCAAGAUCAUAUUUUGAAUAAUACUUUUCCAGAAAAACAAGUUAACACGACAGACAAUACCUACUAUAUGAUUCCUCGCAGUGAAAAGCUCGUUAACCAAUAUGAUAACCAUUUAUUACUGUUAGGAUUGUUUCCAACUUUGUUUCCCUACGGAUUAGGAGGGCCAGAUAAUCCAGAUAGAAAAAACAAAACCUCUUAUAAAAUGCACAUACAGUAUUUACUCAGCUAUCAAGAUAAGAGAUUUGAGCGGCACCACAGUUUUAUUUUUGUUGUUUUUAAUAUAUUACAACGCCGUAAUGCAUGUUAUACUGCAAAACUCAUGAUGAAUCAACCAUAUUCACAAUCUUACGCGCAACAAAUAUCCAAUGUAAAAUCAACUGAUGUAGAGGAAGCACUAAAAAUAAUUUCAGAGAAAAACAAAAAUACUACUUUCAAAGUAAAUCCAGAUGUAAAUAGGCUAGUAAAACAAGUAAAGGCUGUAGGUGGAAAUGUACAAGGAAGCGUUCAAGCACGCUCAAAAUUACGAGUCAAUUUACAUUCAUUGAUAUAUAACAAGGGCCUACCUCAUAUUUUUUUAACAAUAAACCCUGCAGACACCUGCAAUCCCAUAUCACUCUAUAUUUGUGGUGUAGACAUUGACUUUGAAAAUGUUUUUAAUAAAUUUCCAUCUGGAUAUGUUAGAUCGCAAAUAACUGCAUCACACCCAGUAUCAACAGCAACUUUUUUUAAUUACUUAAUUGAAAAUAUAAUAUCUGCAUUGAUUAUGGGCGGCGUUCUUGGACCAAUGGAUUCGUACUUUGGACCUGUAGAAAGUCAAGGAAGGGGAAGCCUUCAUGUACACAUGCUCCUUUGGCUCUUACAUAAGCUAAGACCAAAAGAUAUGAUGGAAAAGAUAGCAGACCCAGAAUUUCGAAAAAAAUUUAAUAAAAUACUUGGAAGAUAUUGUUAA